ACAAUUAAUAUAAAAAUUAUUACCUACAUCAUAAUAAAAUUUUUGAAAUAAUAUAUUGUGAUUGACAAAAGUUUUUCUCUUCAUGAAGAAUGAAAUAUGCGUUCACAAGUAGGCAUCUGUGAUGUCUUCACCUGUCCAGUGAUGUGACUGGCCUUUUGUCUUUCAUGCACUGUAAUCCAUGCAUGUGUUAAGCGGAUCUCCUAAGAGGAGGAUCGCUGCUUUUGACUGCUUUACAUCCUACGGGGGGGGCGGGGUAGCAUGGGGGAUCACUGAAAUCCACUAACUACUCAUUUUCUCACCCUUUGGUCUUCAAUGCAAGCUACUUAUGCUCUGGUGAUUAUAUGUGUUGCACCAAAUUACUAAAGGAUGCUACAUAGACGUAAAAUAGUGAUUCAAGCCAUCUUGACAUGACAUAAAUCGUACUUUGCAUUCAAGUGGCGUCAUGUUCCUAAAGCUCGUCAAACUGCAGUUGGGGACAGAAAAACUUCUUACCUGAAACGAACUGGAGAAAAAGAAGUGUCGUGACUUUUGGGACACCCCGAACGUGCCUCGGCUCAUUAAAGCUUGGGAAAGCAAGUUUUAUGAACUUGGCAAGAAAAGAGCUCCAAAACUAAAAGACUAAUUAGCUCUUAUUGUGGCUCCCACUUGCUCAUGUGGGAACUUGCAGCAUCUAGCCCAUUAGGGAAUUGAGAAGACACUCGAUGGCGACGAGGUGAACUCGGCCAAGACCUCUGUGGCCUUCCCAGAGGGAAACGAUGGCGGCGGGUUAGGGGGGGUGGCGGUGGCAACGACUCCAGUCAGUGCUGGUGGCUCUGGGAUGGGGAGGGUCACACACAAGCUCGCUCUUUGUGUGCUUUUAAUCCCCCCAGCCAACACAGCUUUGGCCAGGUUUCAUCAUGAAAGUGCCAUGAAAUAACUACUUUUUUUUUUUUCCUCUUGCACUAAAUCUCCCUUAAUCCUACGGGCUGCCGAGACAAAGGCCUCUGGGACCUAAUCCCGGAGCUUUUAGUGGGCCUGAAGGGCUGGCCGACAGAGCCUCUUCUAAAUGACUUAUUUCUAUCGGACACUAAUAUAGCUUGACAGCCAGGAACAGCGAAAGGAGGAAGACAAAAAGGCCAAGUUGGGGGGCUAAGAAAAAAGUCCACAAACAUCUUCACAUAUUUUCAAAGUCUGAGCUGUUGCUGAUGAGAGUGGGUGGGUGAAGUCCAAGAAUUUGUCUUCAUGCUCUAGUCAUUUUUUUUUUUUUUACUUUUAAAAAUCUACUAAGCUUUGCUAGGUAUUUUCUAAACAAUAAAAUAAACUUUAUUUACUAUACAUGCUAUGAAUUCAAGAAAUAAAAACAGUUGAAUAUUUAUACAAAACAAAUCUAGUCUUGAUAUAUAAACACACAUAUUAGGCUAUGUUAUUUUACAUUCCUAUAUAUGUCUACAGUACAAUAUAACAUUUUUCUACUACUUCUUACGACUAUUUACACUCCACAAUUUUGUUUUAGUCGUUAGUAUUAUUUAUACUUGCAUUGUUUUUUCCCCUAAUAACACAAACCUGAAAUACACAGCAAAAUCUUUUUUUGCAUAUUGAUACAGAGGUGGUUCGGUUGUCUGUGAUAACUUAUUAGCUGCUUGCAUGUACUUGAAGAAGUUAACAGAAAUAUUUGAAUACCUAAGAAAGUGGCCUGUGGGUGCCUGACAGACUCACACUGCAAACAUGCAAGCCUUUAACUUUUCAAAGUUUUCCAACACUUGAAAAUAGCAAAAUAGCCAUAUUAACCUAACCGAUAACCACGACAUUCAUUCUGAAUAUAAAGUGAAACGCCAAUGUUUAUAAUGCAACUCUGAGCUCUCUGGGAACCUUCCUAAUUGAGUUUGCUUUGAAGAAGUUCUCAACAGGUUUGAGUUGGGAUUACCUUCACACAGUGACAGUUUACCCGAGGAAAUAUGUGUGUGUUAGCAAAACAAACCCCCCUGGGAAGAGAAGAGAAGAGGGGAUUUUGGCAGGGGCCGUCCGUCAAAGGCAGCACCAUGAUGGGAGAAGGAAAAAAAGGGCUGACUGAGGAGGAGGAGAAGGCUGCUAUUUUAAUCUGGGCUGCCUCAGAGAUUAGCCCACCACAUUGUUUUAAUUGUUUUAACGCCCGCUUGUAGGGGGAUCCUUGGCAUAAAUCUCCCAAGUUCAAUGGUUUGAAAAACUUGAGCCCGCUGCCACCCCACGCACCCUCCUCCUCAUCCCACCUAAUCCCAGCUAAUACCUUUCUUUCUAUUGGCUAAUGGUCGAAGGGAGCCUGGCUAAAUGCUUGUUAAAUAGCGCAGGCCGACAAUGCUCGCAAGCAGCUGAGACCAACCGGGAGCUCCUGCACUGGGGAUAUACGCUUGGACCGCACCGAGAACUCCUAGAAAGACAGGAUUACCAUCGCAGCAUGUUCCCCCUGCAUGGCGUCAACGCAGCGAUGCUGCUGGAGCUUCACCAGCAGAUGGCGCCACAGUACAGCAGCGUCUACCCCGUGGCCAGCCCCGCGGCGCGCACCCUGUCGGUGGCCGAGAGACUUGCAGAACUUAUACUGGAGGCACGCUAUGGGAACCAGCAGAAGCAGCGCCGCAGCCGCACGGCCUUCACGGUGUCCCAGCUGCGGGCUCUGGAGAACGCUUUUGAGCAAAGCCAGUACCCUGAUGUCGGCAUGAGAGAGAGGCUGGCGGUUUGCAUCAACUUGCCCGAGGCUCGCAUUCAGGUGUGGUUUAAAAACAGGAGAGCAAAAUAUCGCAAAGGCCAAAGGUGCGUCGACAAAAGUACAGAGGCGGCAUUACAUGACAGCAAGCUGGGAGAGGAGGGGGACAGGCAAGACACGGACACAUUACCUUCUGAAAGAAACAACGCAAUGGGGCGAUGUCUGCCUCCCACUCCCGUGUUGGAUAAAAAAAGUCAUGUUUGCUCCAGGACAGACUGUCAUCUCAUCUCCAGGUACCCCAUGCGACUUCCCUCCCCUCCACUUUUGUCUUUCACCCCAGCCCAGAGUUACGGCCAUCAAGCUUGCCGGCCACUUUUUGGGAUGCUUUCCACAGAGCUUGUUGCCCCUCCGGAGUUCUGGCCGUUUAUACAACAGCAGAGCUCGGGCCUGGGGGCUCCUCCAUCAACCAUGACUAAAAACUGCAGCCUCUCCUUUCAGACUGCUUGUUCCAAUAAAGCUGUGCUAUAUUCGAACAUUGACUUGUAACUGUCCAUUUGGGUCCAACUACCAGUGUGCACUCUGGAGGCUGUGUGCGUGCGUGCGUGCGUGUGUGUGUGUGCAUGCUAUUGCGUAUUUUCUCUUGACAUUUUUACCAUACGGUUCGAUGCUUGCGUAGGAGAAAUAUAUAUUGACAAUGUUUCUAAUUGCACUGCUCUUUAGCUGCAAUAACAAUGGUAACUUAAGACUGCUUACUUUAAUGGAUCACUGCAAUAUAAACUAAAUCAUGUGAAAUAAAAGUAUUUGUAUGUAAAA